CAGUGCUCAAGAAACACGCACAGAGGCCUGACUAUCCAUGACCCCGGAGGUGCCAAAUGCCGCCAAUUUUAACAUGGCAGCUAAACCCGAGCAGCAAAGGAGCGCUGACGCCAAUGAAGUCAUGCUCGAAAAACGAGCAAGUCGGCGGGGCAGCGAUGAAGUAAUCUCGCGAGAUCGAAGCCAGCCUCCGCUUGGCCCGGAAGCCUCGACUGAGGGGGCAGAGGGGCUGAGGGGUGGAGGGGCGGAGGAGGGAGCAGGAAUCGGGCGAGAGCCAGUGGAGGAGUCCGCCUGCAGUCGCCUGCGUAAGCGAAGCAGCGACGCCGGGCGGCUACGCCGCGGAAUCGGCGUAGGCGGCUUUGGAGAAUCCGCGGGCUGCGCUGCGCCCUGGCUGGUCGCGGAGGGGGGAGGGGAUGUCGGUCAGUGCGAGAUCCGCUGCUGCUGAGGAGAGGAGCGUCAACAGCAGCACCAUGGUAGCUCAACAGAAGAACCUUGAAGGCUAUGUGGGAUUUGCAAAUCUCCCAAAUCAAGUAUACAGAAAAUCAGUGAAAAGAGGGUUUGAAUUCACACUUAUGGUUGUGGGUGAAUCUGGACUGGGAAAGUCAACAUUAAUCAACUCAUUAUUCCUCACAGAUUUGUAUUCUCCAGAGUAUCCAGGUCCUUCCCAUAGAAUAAAAAAGACUGUACAGGUGGAACAAUCCAAAGUUUUAAUCAAAGAAGGUGGUGUUCAGUUGCUGCUCACAAUAGUUGAUACCCCAGGAUUUGGAGAUGCAGUGGAUAAUAGUAAUUGCUGGCAGCCUGUUAUCGACUACAUUGAUAGUAAGUUUGAGGACUACCUAAAUGCAGAAUCUAGGGUGAACAGACGUCAGAUGCCUGAUAACAGAGUGCAGUGUUGUUUAUACUUCAUUGCUCCUUCAGGACAUGGACUUAAACCAUUGGAUAUUGAGUUUAUGAAGCGUUUGCAUGAAAAAGUGAAUAUCAUUCCACUUAUUGCCAAAGCAGACACACUCACACCAGAGGAGUGCCAACAGUUUAAGAAACAGAUAAUGAAAGAAAUCCAGGAACAUAAAAUUAAAAUAUAUGAAUUCCCAGAGACAGAUGAUGAAGAAGAAAAUAAGCUUGUUAAAAAGAUAAAGGACCGUUUACCUCUUGCUGUGGUAGGUAGUAAUACUAUCAUUGAAGUUAAUGGCAAAAGGGUCAGAGGAAGGCAGUAUCCUUGGGGUGUUGCUGAAGUUGAAAAUGGUGAACAUUGUGAUUUUACAAUUCUAAGAAAUAUGUUGAUAAGAACACACAUGCAGGACUUGAAAGAUGUCACUAAUAAUGUACACUAUGAGAACUACCGGAGCAGAAAACUGGCAGCUGUGACUUAUAAUGGAGUUGAUAAUAACAAGAAUAAAGGGCAGCUUACUAAAUAUGACACAGUUGAAGGCAUGAGCCCUCUUGCACAAAUGGAAGAAGAAAGAAGGGAGCAUGUAGCUAAGAUGAAGAAGAUGGAGAUGGAGAUGGAGCAGGUGUUUGAGAUGAAGGUCAAAGAAAAAGUUCAAAAACUGAAGGACUCUGAAGCUGAGCUCCAACGGCGCCAUGAGCAAAUGAAAAAGAAUUUGGAAGCACAGCACAAAGAAUUAGAGGAAAAACGUCGUCAGUUUGAAGAUGAGAAAGCAAAUUGGGAAGCCCAACAACGUAUUUUAGAGCAACAGAACUCUUCAAGAACCUUGGAAAAGAACAAGAAGAAAGGGAAGAUCUUUUAAACCCUCUUUUGACCACCAGUUACAUAUUAGUUGCCAACAUGCCAGCUUGGACAUCAGUGUUUGUUGGAUCCAUUUGACCAAUUUGCACCGGUUUUAUCCUUAAUGAUGGAUUUAACAGCAUGACAAAAAUUAUUAUUAUUUUUUUUUGUUCUUGACGGAGAUUAAGAUGCCUUUAAUUGUCUAGGGUGUUGUGUACUUAGAAACUAACAGCUCUAAGUACCUUUCCUAUGUUUUCUUUUUUUAUUAAACAGAUGUCUUCAAUUUAAUGCAAGAAAACAUUUUACUGUUGUACAAUCAUGUUCUGGUAGUUUGAUUUUUUACAGGAUAUUCCAAAAUAAAAGGACUCUGGAAGGUUUUCAUUGAGGAUAAAUUGCCAUAAUAUGAUGCAAACUAUUCUUCUUUAUGAUAAUUAUAAUACAAAGGUUUCAUUCAGUGCAACAUAUACAGUAAUGUAAUUUAGUCUAACACAGUUGACCCUAUUUUUUGACACUUCCAUUGUUUAAAAAUACACAUGGAAAAAAAAAAACCUAUAUGCUUACAACGCACCUAGAGCUUUUUUAUAACAACCUCUUUUUUUGUUUGUUUGUUUUGGAUUCUUUAAAUAUAUAUUAUUCUCAUUUAGUGCCCUCUUUAGCCAGAAUCUCAUUACUGCUUCAUUUUUGUAAUAACAUUUAAUUUAGGUAUUUUCCAUAUAUUGGCCCUGCUAAAAUAGGAUAUAGCAUCUUUCAUAUGGUAGGAACCAACAAGGAAACUUUCCUUUAAUUCCCUUUUUACACUUUAUGGUAAGUAGCAGGGGGAAAAAAUGCAUUUAUAGAUCAUUUCUAGGCAAAAUUGUGAAGCUAACAACCAACCUAUUUCUACCUAUGUGCAGUCUCUUUAUUUUACUAGAAAUGGGAAUCAUGGCCUCUUGAAAAGAAAAAAAAGUCACCAUUCUGCAUUUAGCUGUAUUCAUAUAUUGCAUUUCUGUAUUUUUUUGUUUGUAUUGUAAAAAAUUCACAUAAUAAACAAUGUUGUGAUGUAA